AGUACACACACACCUGUUUGUCGGAGUAACACAAUGUCCCACCAUGAAGUCACUGAAGUCACUGAAGCCAUCAAGCCACUGUGCCCAACAGCACUUCUCUAUAAGCUGGAUGGAAAACGUUGCACAGUGGGCCGGUGUGAUGGACCAUGAGACAGGACAAGAAGAGAAAACCCAGGUAGAUGAGAGAACGGGGAGAAUCUCGUUGGACCUGUGCGGCGAGAGUUUGGACCUGAGUGCAGAACAGGAUAACUCAGAGCUGGGCAAAAGAAAAAAGAAGACCAAAAAAACAUUCAUGCCCAGGCUGUCUGUGGAAAUGCAAGUGAUAGAACCUGUGGAUACUGCAGAAUUCAUGAACGCAGCCAGUGAGUGCAAACUGGAUAUCAUAGACAGGUAUCUGGAAGAUGGUGGGAACCCAAAUGCCCACGAUGAGCUGAAGAGGACAGCACUCCACCGCGCCUGCCUGGAAGGACAUGCUCCAGUUGUCCAAAUGCUUUUAGGAAAAGGAGCUGAUAUCAACCUAAAAGAUCAACUGGGCUCUAGGGCCAUACACUGGGCCUGCAGAGGGGGAAACCUGACGGUUGUCGAAGUCCUGAAGAGCCACGGGGCUGAUCUUAAUGUUAGAGAUAAGUUGCAUAGCACACCUCUGCAUGUUGCCACGAGAACAGGCCACACCUCCAUUGUGGAAUACCUGCUGUCUUGUGGGGCCUUAAUCAACUCCAGGGACAGGGAAGGUGACACAGCCCUGCACGAUGCAGUGCGUCUCAACAGAUACAAGAUAGUGAAGCUGCUCAUAGUUGCAGGAGCUGACACAAAAAUAAAAAAUCAUGUGAGUUUUUUUUUUUUUCAUCUUUAAUUCUCAUUAGUGUGCAGGUUAGCAUGGGUGUGAAAAUGUAAAGAACCUGGUUCACAGGACGGUUUUGAUUUCCAUAUGUGCAAAUACAAUGCUAGUUUGGUUAUCUCAUAAUAAAG